GAGGAACAGGGAAGAGAGAGAUCUGAAGGGAGAGGGAGACCAUGACUGGCGCUGCCGCCACCUCGCCCAGCUGCCGUGCUUCUCGUCGUUGCCGCCGAAGGGAAGAGGGAGAGAGAGCGCCGUCGAACAGAACGCGAGAAGGGAGAGGAGCUGUGUUCUGUUGUUGACGUCGCACCACCGCCACGCCGCCGUGCUGUGCAAUGUCACCGCCGUCGCCGUCGAGGGUCCAUUCACGCCGUCGCUGGAGCCUGAACGCCGCUGCAACCACCGCGUGUUAUCAUCAGAUCCCGCCGCCGUUUGAGUUGCGAAUAGGGGAACGCGCGCGAAGGGAACUAUCGCGGAGCUGCUGUCGCCGCCGUGUUGAUGGGCUCACCGUCGUUCUGCUCGCGCGGCUGUUGCGUUGCCGGAGCUCCUCGUCGCUGCUGCUGGCGCUGGAAACUGCCUUUUCAGCCUGUAUCUGUUGGGAGGAGUCCGAGCAAGAAAAGGAAGAAGGUGCGAUGGAUACCUCCGCUGCUGCUGUUACUAUCGGUGUUCUGGAGCUUGCAAUUACUGCCGUUUUUGGGUGA